AUGACUUUCCGGUUGGAAUUUGUGGAGGAGGAUCAAGCUCUCGAACUUGGCCCUGCGAUGAAACUCGGGCUCUUUGGCUGUCUACCCACCUGUCCAGACUUUGGAAUUACUGCCACGACCACUGAAAGGGAAUGUCGCGGCAGGCGUUAUCGGAUCCUGAUGUCAACCAUCGACCUUGCCGGAAACGCCAUGGGGACGUAUGAGAUGACGACCGGAACCCUCUACUCAUUCUUUGAUCCUCUCACCUAG